AUGUUCGAUUUAUCAUCAUCUCCAGAUUUUCUCCCUCUUAGAAAUUUAAAUAUUAGCAAUAGCAACGAAAAUAACAAUGGGAAUAACAACAAUAACAACAAUAAUAAUAAUAAUAAUAAUGAAAUAAAUAGAGACUUGUCAAAUAUGAUGACUUCAAUAUCUUUAAAUAAUAAUAAUAAUAGUAAUAAUAAUAAUAAUAAUGGUAAUAAUUAUUAUAAUACUGUUAUUACUACAACUACAACAACAACUACAACAAUUCAACAACAGCAACAACAACCUCAAUCAAACCAAAUAGCUUUAUAUAAUCCAAAUUCGAAUUCAGUUUUUUCUAAUAAAUCAAUUAAUAGUAAUAAUAGUAAAGGUUUAUUUAUAUCUCAUCAUAGAAUGAUAUCAAUGCAUAAAAUUUCGAUUGGCCAAAAAAAAAGGGAAUAUGAAAAGAAAAUGAGAGUUAUAGAGGCAUAUAAUAAUAAUAAUAUACAAAAUAAAACAGAUCAAUUGUUAGAGUCAUUAUCAGGUUUAAGGUUUUCCACCAUAUCACCAUCAUCAUCGCUGUCAUCAUCACCUUUGUUAAUAUAUUCAGCAUCCAAGGAGUUUAUGAAUAACCUUGGAGUGGAUACCACAACAAUGACAACCACAACAAAAACGACAAAAACAAAAACCGAAGAAAUUUUAAAAAAUAAAUGUAAAAAUAAUUAUCAAGAAUGCAAUAGUUUAACAUGUACAAAUCACUCAUGCAACAAUGAAUCCAUUAACAACAAUAAUAAUAAUAUGAAUAAUAAUAGAAAUAAUAGUUUAGUACUUUAUAGUGGUGGCCACAAUAAUAAUUUUUUUAUAGGAAGAAAAACAAGUUAUACAUAUAAAAAUAGUAUAAAAAAUAUCAAUAAUAACCAUAGCAGCGAUAAUAGCGAUGAUAGCGAUGAUGAGGAUUUAGAAAACUCUUUUGAUAACUUAUCAAUCGGUCAAAGUAAAAAAGUAAAUAAGAAAUUUCCUCACCCAAAUUUAUCAUCCUCUCCAUAUAAAGGGAGAUAUUCACCAAUAAUACACAGAAAGUUUUGUUUUUCGUCAUCACCAAACAAUUUAUCAAAUUUGUUUUAA